AUGUCUUUCAGACUCUUCCGUCCAGUUCAACGCAUCGCGAAAACCUCACUACCUUUCACCUACCGAAACUUCCACGCCUCUUCGCCCAACAUGGUUGUCCACAACGUCAAGAGCAAGGAGGAGUUCAACGCCAAGCUCGCAAACACGGAGGAGACCCCGCUCAUCAUCCUCGACGCUUUCGCUACCUGGUGCGGUCCUUGCAAGGCCAUCGCCCCUAUUCUGGCCAACCUGUCCAACACCAAGGAGGCUGAGGGCCUUCACUUCGUCAAGAUUGACGUCGACGAGGUUCCCGACCUGAGCCAGGACCUUGGCAUCCGCGCCAUGCCUACCUUCCUUAUCUUCAAGAACGGCGAGAAGGUCGACGAGGUCGUUGGUGCCAACCCCAAUGCCCUCACCGCUGCUGUCAAGAAGUACGCUGCCGAGUUCCCUCCCAAGGUGACCACCUCGGAGGAGACCAAGGCCGAGUAA